AUGUCCAUCUACUGGGCUUCCUUGAUUCGUAUGUUCUAUCGACGCGUCAUCUUGGAUGCGAGUCGACGAAAUCAGCCGUUUGUGUUUUUGCAGGCAGCGGAUACUUGCUUGGGCAUGGACCGUGAGAGACGUCUGCGUUUCUUGAAUCAACCGAAUCCAUAUCGGACUGGUCUGAUGCACGGUAUUUUGCCGUGCUUUGCCGGAAUGGAAAUCCGUCUGCUGGCGCGUCUGGACGCUGAGAAAGGUCUCGUGCAGGAUACUGUGGCCACCAUCAUGGAUUUCGAGUUCCACCCGGCGGAUCGCGCCCGAUACAUGAACACUGGGCCGGGAGAAAUAUUCAUGCCGGCAUUUUUGCCGUCUGGUUUAUUGGUGAGUGUGAAAGACUAUCAAGGUUGCAACAACUGGGAAGACUUACUGCCAUUGUGUCAUAAACAUUCAAGCAACGCAGAUGAAGCGGAGAAGUUGGCCCGCAGUUUCUACUUCUUGCGAGCUGAAGAAGUUGUUGUGCAGUACAAUAAAUUUGAAGUCCGAAGAUGUGGCUUUCGGUUGACGCACGCGCAUUGCUUGACGAGCACUGGCUCGCAAGGCUUGACAUUGCGUUCUGGCACAGUGGUGGAUUGCGCUCGCCUGAAUGAAUUGGAUGACGACAACUGGUGGCUGCAUCUUUAUGUCAUGUUUUCGCGGGUCACCUCCUUGUCGGAUUUGCUUUUAUUUCGACCACCGCCUCGAGAGCUGCUAGAACGGGGGCCACCUGCUGGCAUCGCAAAACGCUUGGAAGCGUUUCAAGAGCGUCUUCGGACGUACAGCUUGAGUGACCGUGGUGUCCCUCCUGCGGACGCUCGGGGCAGUGGCAAGUCUGUGUGUCUUUGGACGUACAGCUUGAGUGACCGUGGUGUCACUCCUGCGGACGCUCGAGGUCUUUGGACGUACAGCUUGAGUGACCGUGGUAUCCCUCCUGCGGACGCUCGGGGCAGUGGCAAGUCUGUGUGA